CGUCAUUUCAGUGCGACUGAAGCAGUCCGCGCAUCACGUCGGCGGCGUAUCAGGCGGACUGGUCCGAGCUGCUGAGUGUAAACGCGGUGGCCAUGGCAGACCUUGGGCUGAAAGCGGGAGAUAAAGUGCUGCUGGUAUGGACUCAGCCGUCCUCCCCCACAGCCUUGAAGGAGUUUGCGGAGAGCAUUGGGGCCGUAGUUGGCAGCCAGAGCCUGGUGUCACUCGAGAACAUGGAGAGGCUCCAGCUUUCUUCUCACGCUGGUUCGAGUUAUGACUGGGUCCUCUCAGGGCUUCUUCCCGACAGCGUUCCGGUUCACAGCGCAGAGACUCUGGCAGAGAUAGCCAGGGUCAUGAAACCCGGUGGGAAGCUUGUGCUGGAGGAGCCAGUAACGGGGUCGGAGGAGAAUGGCAUUAGAACAACUGGUAAGCUGGUCUCAGCCCUGAAACUCUCAGGGCUCAUGUCUGUCACUGAGGUGAAGAGUGAAGCCCUGAGCCCGGAAGCUAUUUCAGCUCUUAGCCAGCUGAGUGGUUUCCAAGGCAACUCCCUGUCCAGGGUGCGCAUGUCCGCUUCGAAACCCAACUUUGAGGUUGGGUCCUCUUCUCAACUGAAACUGUCAUUUGCAAAGAAAACCCCCCAGACAGAAAAGCCAGCCCUUGAUCCAAGUGCUGCUAAGCUGUGGACUCUUUCAGCUAAUGACAUGAACGAUGAUGAUAUUGACAUGUUGGAUUCAGAUGAACUGCUGGAUGGAGACCUGAAGAAGCCUGACCCAGCUUCACUUAGAGCAUCCUCUUGUGGAGAAUCAGGAACCAAGAAAAAGAAAGCAUGCAAAAACUGCACUUGUGGCCUUGCGGAGGAGCUCGAGCAGGAGGGCAAAGCAGCGCAGAAAGUCAGCCAGCCUAAAUCAGCCUGUGGAAGCUGUUAUCUGGGAGAUGCCUUCCGGUGUGCCAGCUGUCCGUAUCUAGGCAUGCCUGCUUUCAAACCUGGAGAAAAGGUUGUUUUGGCAAACACACAGGUUGCUGAUACAUAAGACACUCUUCAGUCUCUCCACUGUUACCCAUUCCAUUCGUACCGAUCAUAGGCUUCGUUCCUGGAUUCCUUCACAUCAAAACUGAACAGGGACAAAGCUGGAAGAACCACCAUCAUUUCUCUCAUGCGCUGAGUGAACUCCACUGAACAAUGCAAUAGUCAGAUGUACAAAUUCAAACAGCAUAUUUACAAGUGCAUAUAUACUGAUUGCCUUCUUAAUAACGACUUAGUUUCAUUAAUGACAACAAAUUAACCUUUAACUUUGGGUUUGUAUUUUUCUUUGUAAACGUUCUCCACCACCACCUGAAUUUUCUUGUUCUCUAUGUAGUAUAAAGUUAUUCUAAGCAAAAUAAAAAGGAUAUUAUUCA